AUGUUAGGAGGACUUUGGACAUUCAACGUGGACGACGGGUUUUUGGAGGCGUGCUGCCGUGGUCUGAAGGCGGGGCUUUUGACCGAGUCGGAGUACACGACAUUGACUCAAUCGAAUUCAUUGGAAGACAUGAAAGUUGCGCUGUUGAGCACGGACUAUAAAGAAGUCUUUCAAAACGAACCGUCGCCCAUUACCGUCAACACAAUUAAAACUCGGUGCCAAGACAAAUUGGUUCAAGACUUUUUUAUGAUGCAAUCGCAAGCUUAUUACCCAUUAAGUAAAUUUAUGGAAUUUUUAACUAUACCUUAUAUGAUCGACAACGUCAUCUUGUUACUCACCGGGACUCAAGCGGAAAAGGAUGUUGAAGAACUGAAAGAGAAACUCCAUCCCCUUGGGAUGUUCAGUAACGUCGAGGCUUUGCCUAAUGUCAAAUCCAUUAAUGACUUGUAUCACUAUGUAUUGAUCGAUACACCUCUUGGGAAUUACUUAAGUGGAUGCAUGAGCGAAGAGGAUCUUACUGAGCUUAAUGUCGAGAUUGUUCGUAACACGUUAUAUAAAGGAUAUUUGGAGGAGUUUUAUGCGUUCUGCGAGAAGCUUGGAGGGGAGACUACAAGAGUCAUGGAAGACAUCUUGAACUACGAAGCCGAUCGAAGAGCGAUUACAGUCACUAUCAACUCAUUUGGGACUGAUUUGUCAAGGGAUGACCGUACAAAACUGUUCCCCAAUUUAGGGUUACUCUAUCCUGUUGGGAUGGGGAAUUUGGCUAAAGCGACUGAUAUGGAAGGUGUGGUCAAAGCAGUGGAGUAUGUGCCCGCAUACAAAAACUUGAUGAACGCACACGCCUCCGAUGAUGCUAACGAGCGAUCACUGGAAGAGAUGUUCUUUGAUGGCGAAGUCGAUAUCAACAAGUCGGCAUAUUACACACAAAUGGGGUAUGCUGUUUUCUACUCGUGGCUCAAGCUGAAAGAACAAGAAGUGAGAAACUUGAUGUGGAUUGGGGAGUGUAUUGCUCAAGACCAGAAGGAGAAGGUCAAUCAAAACGUCAUAAGAAUAUUCUAA